UAUUGAGAAAGUUUUAUGAUGUCAACAAAGAGAACAAAUCUAUUAUCGUAUGGUUUAACCAGGAACCAGAAAAGCUCAUUUAUCAAUUACAGAACAGAAAACUCUUUUGCACGGACAAAAUAUGAUGAAUCUUUAAGCAAUUCAUCACAAAUGGAAAGCUCCUCUUUAUUUUCAGCCAAGAAACUUAGCUUCAAAAAUCCAGGCUCAUCUCCCAGAACUCUAUUAUCAAAAUAACUCCAAAAGAAAUCCCACACAAAAAUUAGAUUUCAAUAGAUCGACACUCCAAACGAUCAGCCCAAAGGAUACUAUUUCUAAUAGCAGAAAUGCAUUCUUGCUCAAAUCUAGCUUCAAGAGUUAUUCCACACAUGGAGAAUAUCUUGUAAAGUCUUUUAGGAAAGCAACUAGUUCAGUUGAACUAGUUGCUCCAAAAGCAGCUUACAAUAUUCCUGACUCAAUAAUAAAAUCCAGGAAUAUUAACCUCCUGGAGAAGUCCCGGACUUCUCAUCGGAAACCACAUAUUACUGAGGAGACCCUCAGUGAGAUGUGAGAGGUCCAGAAGGAAUCCAAGAUCCAGGUUCCAGUGAGGUUUAGAUCCAGGGAAUCUCUUAUGAAAUUCGGAGACCGUAAACCUUGUAAUAUAACUCAGAAUUGUAUUGAGAAUCCUAAACCUAAGCUUCUACAAGAGCACAAACCUAGUCAGGAGCUGGCUAAAUUUCCACAAACACCGGUCAAGCCUUCUGAGAAGCCUAAGAAGCAGUCUACAAUGUUAGACGCAGAGAGUGUUCUCAGAUUACUUAGGCGCUCGAUAAGUAAAGAACUUGAGGAAUCUCCUGAUAAACUGCCUAGAAAGACUCCUGAGGAGCUUUCUAGGAACAACAUCAGUACUCAGUAUGAUCCUCCAGUGGAGUUUACUCCAACGAGUAAGAAUUCUGAGGAAGAUUUGGGAGAUGCCCAGUUGAACUCACUGAACUUCAGUGAGUUUACUGACAGUCAGCUUAGCCUACCACACAAAGAGCCUGAAAUAGCUGAAGUCGAAACCUUAGCCAAGAAAUUUGUGAACACAAAAGAAAUGGGGGUAAAUACAAGUGUUUUUGAGCAAAAAAAUGCCCAAACUCAGUCAUGUACAACAUGCAAUUGAGCAUCCAGUAGCCAGAAAUUAUCAAUACUAGCAGUUAAAAUUUCUGAGCUUGAAACUAAACUAAAUCAAGCAAAUGAGAAGAUAUCUGAUCUGACAAAUGAACUUAAUGAAGAAAAGGUUAAGAAUAGUAAGAUCAGUUCUUCAACCAUGAAUGAUGAUACUAAUAAACGAGGGUUUGGGAGCUUUGAAAAAUUAAAAAUCGAGCCUAUCCGGGCACCAAUCCAUAAUUUCAAAAGAAAUCGAUCUAGCGAAGUUAGUUUUAGAAAUAGGCUUAGCAAACAAGCCAUUGAAACAUUAGAAGAUGUAGAAUUCAAAAAACUCGAAGAACAGGCGAUGAGAGAAGCUAAAAAGAAUUUAAAUGGUAUAAAGGACAAUAAAAAUGAAGUGCAUCAGACACUCUUAGAGCUAAGGUUGCAAAGAAAUAUUUUAUCUGCCUCACCAACAACUAAGGCUUCUUCUAAAAGACCUUCAAAAUAAUUUAUUAGACACUAUCCUUCUUAAA